UGAUUUUUGUGUCACUGCAUAUAUAAAUCACUUGAGAACUAAUUCAAGUUCAGUAUGAAUCACUCAGUGACAAGAAGCUACUCUAAACCUGCGUUAUACAAACUGGCAUGUCAUCAGUUUGAUAUACUCAUAAUAUUAGAAAAUGAACCGGUUGAUCGGUAAGUAAAAUCACACUCACCUUUUUCUUCAGUAGUCAAUGAACAGAUGAAAUCAUACAGUGGCUAUGUACAUAGUAGAUAAACUAUAGUUCUUUAUAUACUUAGCAAACAUUGUAGCUGACCAGCUGAAAGGUGGUUCUCGAACUCUCUGCUGAUGUUCAAAGCCAACCAAACCAUCUGUCAUCAUGCUCCUCCCUUCACAGGCACCCGAGUUUAAUGUAACAUGACAAAAGAUUCUGGUUUAGCCCACAUUUUCUCAAAAGUAGACCUGUUGCAGGGCUCAGAAAACGCUUACAGAGUUUUCCCAGUCUUAUCACAAUUCACAUCACUAUCUUUACGUGCUUAAAUAUAUGUAGUGUGUGGUAGUGUUAACUUGAGGUAUCGUUUGUGUUUCCAUGACAAUCCAGACAUGCAAAGCUGUUUUCAAACCAUUCAAAUGUUUGUGGCUUUGGCUGGAAAAUUUGUUUUCUCCCUGAGACGUGAAGGGUAAACUUGUCUGCACUUGCUUAGUCUGAAUCAAAUUAAUAAAAUACUAUAGCUUUAUGCUAUAAAAGGCAAAAUAUGAAUAUUCUAAAAUCUCUAAGUGGUUUUCAUGCAUCCUUUUGAACACACCUGGACCCACUGAAUGAAACAAAGCUCGACAAACCAGUUUAGAAAUCCACAAGAAGAUAAAAGACACGGGCUCACUCUCCUAUUCAUGUAGUUUUGACAAAGGUAUGUGGCCCAUUCCCUUAUCUUUCUUGUCAUAGUACACUUUAUUACUUUGAAAACUGUCUGAGUGACGUAUCUUUAUGACUCAAUUGAUUUGUGAAUGUGCAGUUAAAAUGACAGGAAGUCUGCUCUCUCUUUUUUUUUUUUCCUGUGUAUUGCUCAGUAAAAUGUUGCAGCGGAGCACAUGGGCAGGGUGUGCAGGAAAUAAGUCACACACGACAAUGUACGUCUAAAAUAGGAAGAGUACAGAGCCUGUGAUCGGCUGUUCAAGGUUGCUCUUCAGCUUCCUGCUUUAUACCUGCCACAUAUUACCGGAAUAUUGCAUUAUUGAUUUUAUCAAUCACCUGUUUUGACAGCAGUGAUAAUGCAGGAAACUGUGCUGCGAGUGUUUGUGGUGGCUCUGGGUCUCCUCAUGUGUCCAAAGGACAACCCUGAAGUUGAGGACUGGGAGACCAGCAUCACAGAGGGAAUACAAAAUUAUGAAAAGAGGCUGCUGAGAGAGGAAGAGAAACUGGACCAGAGAAUGGCACCUGUCAGUGAGGAAAUGACACAUUAUGGCAAUAAAGGGCCUCAAGAUGACAUGAAAAACCUUCUAGAGGAAAAGAAUUGGUCAGAUCAACAUGUCACUGAAAAAGAGAAAAUGUCAGCUGUGUCUGUCAUCAACCGAGACUCAGGAGAUAAUCACAAAUUCCCACAGAAAUAUGGUGAACCUGAGACUGCUCCAACAACUUCACAAACCAGUCGUGAGUCAAAGGACAGAGACACCCAGACUGAAGACCCAGACAGACCACAGGGGCAAAACAAAAAGCCUGAGGAUGUUGAAAUGUUUGGCUCCACAGAACAAGAAGCCCCUCUUUCACACGUCUACACCAAGACAUCAGAAAAUGAAACUUCAGAGAACAUAUUUACUGAGUGGGCAAGGGAUUACCUCUGGUAUAUUUGGCAGACAUUUUCCAUUAUUUCCAUUAUCCGCUUCUUUAGGAAAUACCAGAGCAGAAAGUCACAAAUGGAACAAGUAGUAACUGCUGCCUUACCAGGGACAUGUACUGUUGCUAAAGUGCUGCUACCUGAUGUCAAUACUCUGCAGCAGUUUUAUGCUAAAUGUGUCCAAGUCUCAUCUGAGAAAAAGUGGAGGGAGGAGGAGUUUUUGGAAGGUUUUGCAAAUGAUCUACUGGAAGCCAUGAGAACAAUUGUUGAUAAAAAUGGCGGUAUGGUGAUCGAGGACUUCGAGAUGGUGAACCUGUCUGACAUUAUCGUGCCUUUUCACCCACCUGAGCCGUAUAGUUUUCAGUGUCGGCUCUGGAACAACCAGACCACUGACCCGCUGUCAGAUAUGCAUGUCUGUGGUCAGAUAAAAUUGCUGGAAAAUAAGAAAAUCCAAAACGGCUGCCCCUGUCAGUCCUCUGAUGCUGAUGACGAUAUGGUUUGUCUGCUACACUGUGAGAAUGUAAAGACAGAAAAAACAGAUGCUCGUGAUGGCAUUCUUUGCUCCAAGAACACUCCCUUCCUGUCCAAGUCACAGGUUGCCAGAUGGUUUCAGGGAACGAUCAAACAAGCAUGGGCACUGAUUUCACACAAGUAUGAAUUUGAGCUCAACAUUCGUUACAUUGAUGCUCCAGGUGCUAUGUUCAUUCGAUUCAGAUCAGGGAAGAAGAUUAACUUCAGUAUAAAUCCUGUGGUUAGAUUCAACAAUGAUGCUUAUUUCUUCAUUACACCCUGGUCUUCAAAUGAUUUGGACACUUUCUGGACUCUCUCCCUGACUUCUUAUGAAGACCAUCUCCUAGAACGACUUUCUAAACGCCUGCCUGAAAAUUCCUGCCACAUUCAAGCUCUUGAAAUUGCACGUUUCCUGCACAAGAGACAGACAGCGUUGUCAGGAAGUAGUGCUCUGAAGGACUGUCAUUUCAAAACUGCACUAAUGUAUCUGCUUUUGACUAAAGACCCAUCGCAGUGGAAACCAAACUGUGUGGAUCAUAGGCUACGAGACUUGCUGGCCUUUAUGGAGAGAAGCCUUGAGGGGAAGCUGCUGAACCACAUUCUUAUCGGCAACCCAUUAACUGAGGUUAUCGAACUGCCUGCUGAGUUGAUCAAAGCAAAGCCGGUGAAUCUCUUCCAUCCCCUUGUGGUGCAUAACUGUAUAUACAGACAUGCUGUGAUGCAUUUCCAGGAGAUGCUUAAAAAUGCACACAUGCUGAUACAUGAUUAUGUUGUGAGGUGUACUCAAAGUGCCAACAGUUCCAUUUAAGG